AUGGUGCUGUUGGAGCUGCUGCUCCGGAUGUUGCUGUUCCGGCUGACGCUCUGCUUGACUCCGCCUCCACCGCUGCCGCCGCCGCCGCCUCCUCCUCCGCCGGCGCUGCCAGCUCCACCGCUGCCACUGGUCGCUUUCGUUGUGCCGGCGUGUGGAUUACUGCUGCUACUGCGACGUCGCUGGCCGCUUCGUCCGCCGCUCCUCUGGUUGCCUGGACCAGUUCCUGAUACCGCACACGCACCCGCACCCGCUCCCGAUCCUUGUCCCGAUCCAGAUCCUGCAGCGGCAGCAGCAGCGGCGGCGGCGGCGGCUGUGGACGUCGAUGGUUUUGUGGACGACGUUGUGGCUUCUCCGCUACCCGGACGCAGUCACAGGCUCACGCACACACAGACGCACACUGGGCAGACUUAA